GUCAUCGCCUCGAUAAGCAAUUAUACACUAGUGCUUUAAUCCGAUUUCUUAAGGUUCCAUCGCCCGUAAAUUAUCCGUUUUAAAGCCUGUAGGUACUGUACCUAGGUAGGUGGCCGGAAGCAACACAUGAACCCAGCCUGUGGUAUUAGCGGCCGUCAUGAUCUGCAGGGACGAGAGAUGUGAACUUCAGACCUGCCUGCUCCCCAUCUGCGAAUAACGCUGCGCACGCCCCGCCGUCCCGCAUCGCGUCUCCUAGCCUUUUAUGCGCUUCGGAUUUUGGCACACAAGCUCGCAGCGGUAUUCUCCUGGGUGAAAUGACGUACAGGGCUGCGAGGUUUCCAGUCUCGAGGUAGUUCACGAUCCAUUCCAUGGUCGACCCUGUUGGGGCUGUUUAAGGGCAUGCGGCUCGGAAACAUGAGCUCUAUAUUUCUCACCGACGAGGAGCUGGGAAAGAAGGAUGACGACCAUAAGCCGGCCAAGCUGCCGCCGCUUCGAUCCCAUCACUGGAGUCCAGCUCGAGUGCCAGUCCGGAAGACGUUGAAGCGCCUCGCUAUCGCAUUGAUCAUAGGCCUCGGUGUCUAUCUGUUCAUCAAGAAUAUACCCACCGAUGUGCCGAUACGAGAUCGACGUCGACCCGUCUACGGGCAGACAGACGAGACCCUCCCGUUCCGCCCUCCACAUGGAACAGCGAAGUCGAGCCCCCCAGUGACGAAUUUCGACGAGUCCGUCAGAUCGGCCGGCCGCACUUAUAACGCCCCAGCUAGGUUCCCGAACCUUGGAACUUCGCUCCAGGCAAUCUCGAGCACAAGGGGUAGCCUCUUGACCAACAAGAAUGUUCUCUUCGUUGCAUCUAGCCUGAAGAGUGUUGCCGCUCUUCUUCCCAUGGCCUGUCGCAUGGGUUCUGAAUUACGAAGCUAUGUUCAUUUUGCCUUGAUGAGCCGCAGCGAGAUUGAUAUCGAUGAACUGCGUGCAAUCAAUGGUAUUGAUGAUUCGUGCCAGGUCAUAUUCCACGACGCCCGUCCCGAUUAUUCUUCCAUCUCAACUGAGGCUCGCCUUGAGGCUUGCACUUCACGCGCACUAUUCCACAUAUACGGGUACAUGCACCCCCAGGCGGUCAUUGUUGACGGCUCCAGCACCGAAGAAGUCUUUUUCCUCGGCGCCAUGCGAAAGAAAGCGCACAACAUAGGAGUCCCUCUGAUCGAAUUGCCCGAGUCAGCCCCGAAACGGCUGACUUGGAUGACAAAACUCGACAGUUCCUCAUUAGCCGCCUGGAACAGAGUAAACGUAGAGAUUCUGAUUCAAGCACCGCCAGGAGGAUCAGGGAGCCUGAUCAGACUGCUCAGGUCCUUGAGCAGUGCGGAUUUCACGUCAUGCGCGAUCCCCCAUCUAACCAUCGAGCUCCCUCGUAAAAUUGACCCGUUCACGGCCAAAUUUCUCGAGACAUUUCAGUGGCCGCCGGCCCAUGUCCACAAUCCAUCCCAUACCAGACAGCUUUCGUUGCGUCGCCGUAUCCCCCGCCAAACCCCGAGUGAGGAAGAGAGUGCGGUCCGCUUCCUCGAGUCUUUCUGGCCGUCAAAUCCUCGCGAUUCACAUGUCCUGGUCCUCUCUCCCCAGGCAGAGCUCUCACCUCGGUUCUUCCACUAUCUCAAGUACUCCUUACUGGAAUACGGGUACUCGAACGCCGCUGUGCUUCAGGAGUGGGAUAGGAGACUCUUGGGAAUUAGUCUCGACUUGCCUGCAACCUAUCUGAAUGUGUCCGAGCCAUUCUCGCCGCCGACAAGGAAGGACGCUGUUCAUUUGGCAGCAGCUGCAGCGGCUGCAACUGACGAGCCCACCUCCUUCCUCUGGCAAGCGCCAAACAGCAAUGCCGUUCUCUUCUUCGGGCAGAAAUGGGUCGAGCUUCACGGAUUUGUUUCCAGACUGGUCGAUUUCCAGCAUGGGUCGCCCUCGCCAGCGCCACUCCUAUCCGAGAAGCUCGUAAGCAAGAGGUAUCCGGCUUGGCUGGAGCACGCAUUGAAGCUUUCCCGGGCUCGCGGCUACUGGACUCUGUAUCCCAGCAAGAUGACGGCAAGCAACCUGGCUACUAUUCACAAUGAGCUCUAUGCACCCCCUGAAGAGUACGAGGCCGAUGCCACAAGGGAUCCGAGCGAUGCGACCGAGAUUAUAUUGGCAGAUGGACCGUUACUUGACAGACUACCUAACGGAGGCAACCUCCCACCCUUCAACCAGCUGCCCUUGGUGACGUGGGACGGACUGGUGACGAAGCUGCACGAUUUUGACAGCGCUGCGUCAGAUUAUGCCGCGAAGUUCCGGGGCACAAUUGGGGGCUGCGAGGACCUCCUUCCAUCCGACUUACUGCCACAAAAGUCGGCAGGAGAUCUGUUCUGCUCGAAAGAGGCUUAAGCGCUGUAUCAAUUCAUAGCGCAAUGUCUCCUGGCAUCUUUCAUUAGCAGCAUCGUGUUCCGACAAUGUACAUAUGCUCCUAUGGGGAGGGCGUUUAUUUAGAUACGCCCUUCCAAGUAUAUUGGACUCAAAUCAAGGCCCAGGCCACCCUCAAAUCCCCGACACUUUGAAAACAACAAACUCACGAGUCGGCCUCUGAGUCCAAAAUGUUGACCACAAGAAGUGCGAUACUAGUGCCCAAGAUAACCAACGCUAUUACAGCCAUGAUCUGUGA